GUCCCUCCUGGCUUCCCGUUCUUCAGGCCCGGCGGGCGAGGUUAGCCAAGGCCGCCAUAUUGAAUAAGCAAUCCGGCCUCUGAGGGGGUUGGUGAGGUACAGGCAGUUCUGCAGAGCGGCUUCGGCGGCUCCAGGGAGAAGGUGAGGCCGUGAGAGCGUGAGAAAGCUGAGGUUCCCCUUGCCGUAGCAGUUGAUUUCUUGACGACACUGUUUCUUCUGGCCCAGGUGACUCAUUCUACUCUUGUCCUUGAGUGGGCGCUUCGUCCCACCCCGCCUCCCCCGGAAGCCCCUAGGGCCGGCAGCAGUAUGUUAAGGAUACCUCUAAGAAGGGCCUUAGUCGGCCUUUCUAAGUCUUCUAAAGGAUGUGUUCGAACAACUGCCACAGCAGCAAGCAACUUAAUUGAAGUAUUUGUUGAUGGUCAACCUGUCAUGGUGGAACCAGGAACUACCGUCCUUCAAGCUUGUGAGAAGGUUGGCAUGCAGAUCCCUCGAUUCUGUUAUCAUGAAAGAUUGUCUGUUGCUGGAAACUGCAGGAUGUGCCUGGUUGAAAUUGAGAAAGCUCCUAAGGUUGUAGCUGCUUGUGCCAUGCCAGUAAUGAAAGGUUGGAAUAUCCUGACAAACUCAGAGAAAUCUAAGAAAGCCAGAGAAGGUGUGAUGGAGUUCUUGUUAGCAAAUCACCCACUGGACUGUCCUAUUUGUGACCAGGGAGGUGAAUGUGAUCUGCAGGACCAGUCCAUGAUGUUCGGAAGUGAUAGGAGCCGAUUUUUAGAGGGGAAACGUGCUGUGGAGGACAAGAAUAUUGGGCCAUUGGUAAAGACCAUCAUGACUAGAUGUAUACAAUGUACUCGCUGCAUCAGGUUUGCAAGUGAGAUUGCAGGAGUAGAUGAUUUGGGAACAACAGGCAGAGGAAAUGAUAUGCAAGUUGGCACAUACAUUGAAAAGAUGUUCAUGUCUGAACUGUCUGGAAAUAUCAUUGAUAUCUGCCCUGUAGGUGCCCUGACCUCUAAGCCCUAUGCUUUUACUGCCCGCCCUUGGGAAACUAGAAAGACAGAAUCCAUUGAUGUCAUGGAUGCGGUUGGAAGUAAUAUUGUGGUAAGCACAAGAACGGGAGAGGUGAUGAGGAUUUUACCGAGGAUGCAUGAGGACGUCAAUGAAGAGUGGAUCUCUGAUAAAACCAGAUUUGCCUAUGAUGGGCUAAAACGUCAAAGACUUACCGAGCCGAUGGUCAGAAACGAAAAGGGGCUUUUAACCUAUACCUCCUGGGAGGAUGCACUCUCUCGUGUAGCUGGAAUGUUGCAGAGUUUUCAAGGCAAUGAUGUGGCAGCAAUUGCAGGUGGCUUGGUGGAUGCCGAAGCCCUAGUAGCUCUCAAAGAUUUGCUUAAUAGAGUGGACUCUGACACCUUGUGCACAGAAGAGGUCUUCCCCACUGCAGGAGCUGGCACAGAUUUGCGUUCCAAUUAUCUUCUUAAUACUACAAUUGCUGGUGUGGAAGAGGCAGAUGUUGUCCUUCUGGUUGGUACAAAUCCACGUUUUGAGGCACCACUAUUUAAUGCUAGAAUUCGAAAGAGCUGGCUUCACAAUGACUUAAAAGUGGCCCUUAUUGGCAGCCCAGUGGAUCUCACUUAUAGAUAUGACCAUCUGGGAGAUUCUCCCAAAAUUCUUCAAGACAUUGCUUUCGGUAGCCAUCCAUUCAGCCAGGUAUUACAUGAAGCUAAAAAACCAAUGGUGGUUGUAGGCAGUUCUGCACUCCAGAGAAGUGAUGGGGCAGCAAUUCUUGCAGCUGUUUCCAACAUUGCUCAGAAGAUUCAGACGAGUAGUGGUAUUGCUGGUGAUUGGAAAGUUAUGAAUAUCCUUCAUAGGAUUGCAAGCCAGGUAGCUGCUUUGGAUCUUGGGUAUAAACCUGGGGUGGAAGCAAUUCGUAAGAACCCUCCCAAAGUGCUGUUUCUCCUGGGCGCAGAUGGAGGUUGUAUCACUCGACAGGAUUUGCCAAAGGAUUGUUUCAUUAUUUAUCAAGGACAUCAUGGUGACGUUGGCGCUCCUAUAGCUGAUGUUAUUCUCCCAGGUGCCGCUUACACAGAGAAAUCUGCUACUUAUGUCAAUACUGAGGGCCGAGCUCAGCAGACUAAAGUAGCAGUGACACCUCCUGGCUUGGCAAGAGAAGACUGGAAAAUUCUAAGAGCCCUCUCUGAGAUUGCAGGUAUGACUCUUCCAUAUGAUACUCUGGAUCAAGUAAGGAACAGAUUGGAAGAAGUCUCUCCUAAUCUUGUUCGAUAUGAUGAUGUCGAAGGAGCCAAUUAUUUCCAGCAAGCAAAUGAGCUCUCCAAGCUAGUGAACCAGCAGCUUCUUGCUGAUCCGCUUGUUCCACCUCAGCUAACAAUAAAAGACUUCUACAUGACAGACUCAAUUAGCAGAGCUUCACAGACAAUGGCCAAAUGUGUCAAAGCUGUCACAGAGGGUGCCCAGGCAGUAGAGGAACCAUCCAUAUGCUGAAACUUCUACUAGGAACCCCAUUUUGUUACAAAUAAUUAAUGGACAGUUAUGUUGGAGUGAUCUCCUACAGGUUUAUUCUUUAAAAAAUAAUCUGAAUGAUGUAAUAUUUAAGGUCGUACCUUGCUUAUUUGAAAAUGAUACUGCAAUUAUCAGUGAACUUUGAGGUUUCAAAGACAUUUAUGUAUUGUGUGUAAACGUUAAAUUGUUUAAUAAACAAUGUAUAUAGAUGCUCUUUCACAUAAAAGUAUUGGCAAUCUUUGUGACACAUACAAAGAAAAUUCUUAAAAUACGAGUUUUUGUUUAUUUUCAUUGAUCAUUUAUGUUUGUAAAAUGUAUGAAAUAAGAAGAGCUUCCAUUAGGACCCACUGUUAGUUUCUAGUGCUCAAGGAAAGAUUUGAGCAUUCUGUCAAGCUGGGUAAAUAGAAAAAAUAUGUGUAACAUAAUCAUACAUGUAUCUUGGACAACUAUAAAUGAUAAUAAUCAUAAUAAUGAUAGAUAAUGAUUAUUUAGCUUUUUCUGUGUGCUAAGCACUCUGGUUUUACAUGAAUUAUCUUGUUUUGUCCUUGCUACAACUCUGUGAGGUAGUGUUAUCUCAGUUUACAGAUGAAGAAACUGAAGCCUAGGGAUAUUUGGUAGCUUGCCCAAGGUCACAGAAAAAUAGUCAAGGACUCCAGCCUAGUUCUCUCUGACUCCAAAGCUCAUUGUUCUUACCUGCUACACAUAAUUCCCUCCCAUUAAUACAGAUCCUAUAGGUUGUUACUUCUAAGAAUUAGCAUUGAGAAUCUUAAUGGAUAGUACAUUUUUCUGGUUUCUCUUGAAUCUGUUUAUAGAUCAUGGUGAUUUAUGUGACAUUUUUCUUUGUAUAAGAGAUUAUACACACAUGCAUCACUGGAGUGAUGUAGUUAAGGGAUGUAAUUUAGGUCUUUGUUGAUGUUCCAUAUUCAUUAUAUUAACCAUCUGCACUUUUAAGUCAACUAAACUAUUUCAAUAAUAGAAGACGAAGCUAACAGCUUUCAUAAUUUUCAGAUGUCAAAACAAAAAGGUAAAAUUUUAUAAUUGAUCUAGGAGAUAGUUUAAAGCCAUAUUAAAUGUUUUUCAAAAUCUAUGGUCAGAAUCCUUUUGUUGUGUAAUCCUUAUUCCUGCUUUCACUAAAGACUUAGCCCAAUUGUAGGAUGCGAUAUUCCUGAUACAACAAUAAGAGUUUUUAAAUAGUAGUAUAUCAUCGUCACUUUAUCUUCAAAAAGAUAAAUUGUACAGAAUUUGUCAUCUGUAACGGUUUUUUCCAAACUGUUUAUUUUUUCAUUAGCAAUACAUUAUGAAGUGUAUUUUGCUUAAAGUACUUAAAAUUCUAAGUUGCCUGAAAUUGUGCAAAUUCUUGCUGAAAGUCUUUGAAUUCAGUACAAACUUUCUGUCCUCCUCUACUUUCUUUACCCCUUAGCACUGUAGCUGACCUCGAGGGGGCAUAUGCUUCUAGUUUUGUAUUCUACACAGUACUUUUCAGUGAAUGUGUGUAGACUUCAUAGGCCUGUUGGUGAGGGAAUAUUGUGUUCAAAUGGAGAAGAGGUGGUGUAUGACCACGAUGGUCCAGAAUCCUUCGGCUGCCAUCUAGGCAACAUGUGUUGAACUUACAAUUUUAUAAAGAAUACCUUGUCUGGGGUAAGUAGUGCUCAAUAAAAUUGGCUGGUUUUUACAUAAAGUAAACAUGAAAGUGUCUAGUGGGCACUUAUUAAUCACAUAAUGCUAAAUAAUAAGGUUAUUGUGAACAUAAACAUUAAAGGUGGUUGCUAGGGGAAAAAAAGGCUUUCUGAAGAAGAGCCCCCAAAUAGAAGAAAAAUACAUAUAGGUGAGAAUAACUUGGUUGAUGGAAUUAUGAUUCUAAGUAAUGAAAGAGUCAACAAUGAGAAGGUUAAAAAGGCUCAAGGGCCAGGUCCCUUUGGGUGAAGAAGGCAGUCUGGAAAUACCCUCUCAUUUAAAGAGGACCCAAAUAUGUAUCACUAAAGCUUUAAGUACAUUAUGUCUAAUUUUCAUAAAAACCCUGCAAACAAUAGGAAUUGAGACCCAAGAAAUAUCAAAUAACUUGCCUAAAGCUACAGAGUUAGAGACUAAAGGUGCAAGGGAGUUUACUUAGAGAUAUUUUAUUGUCCCAUGUUGCCUCAAAUAUAAAGCUUGGACAGCUAUGAAAAUGGAAUAGAUGUGCGAGAAAGAUCUUAAAGCCUAAGCUCUAUACAAAAUGCUUCUCAAAUUUAUUGUGAAUUGUAUUAUAUUAUAACAAAUAUAUUAAUAAAAAGUAUUAUGCCCUCUUAGUAAUACCCAGUA